AAUACAACACAUUACAUCAAAAAGAACUCGCCCUUCUUCAGUAAAAAAAAAAAACCUACAAACCAACACCGCCGUUUUCUUUUACAGAAAAACCAACAACAACAACUUUACAACCUUCUUCCUUUUUUUUUUUUUUUUCCCCUCAAAAAAAAAAAAAAAAGAGAUCAAAGAAAACCUUUUGAGAUUGCGUACCUUUUUUUUUUUAACAACAGAUAAAAAAGAAAUGAUUCCAACCCGGCAGUUAUAUACCUCACCAGACGCACUCAACGCCCAAAGCGCUGGUUCUCAAAGUAUGGAUCAACUUGCAGAAUUCGCAUCGUCCAUGGUUUAUGUAAUGUGGCACGGCCGUAAAAUCACGAACAUGACUAGUUCGGGAGGCUAUAGGAACUCCUUGUGGCAAGGUGGUAGUCCUACCUCUUCGUUUCAGCGCUUUUGCUCACAUGUUUUUAAAGCCACGGCCAUUCAUGAGUCGGCAGUUUAUCUUUGUUUGAAAUACGUGGCCUUACUUUUACAACUGAAUCCAACCAUGGAAGGAUCAGAAGGAUCUGAGUACCGUUUAUUCGUUGUUGCAUUGAUACUGGCCUGUAAAUUCUUGGAUGAUAAUACGUUUGCUAAUUCGACAUGGUCAGAAGUAAGUGGUAUGAAGUUACGCGACCUGAAUUUGAUGGAAGCCGAGUUCAUGGAAGCUAUCCAUUAUCGUUUGUUUAUUCGAAGUCAAGAUUUCAAUCAAUGGAAAACGUUGGCGGAUGUAUGUCGUGACCGAUUGUCUUGUUAUUAUCUACACACGAGACCAUUGGAACAGGAACAAUUCGUGCUUAGUAUCUUGUACACCAUUGGUUUGCGACCUAUGCAACCAUCUGUAUCCGUAGCACCAAGAGUUGUAGCACCACCACCAGUAGCAGUAAUACCAAUUGCAUUACCUACAACAACAGCAGCAGGAGCAGCAACAGGAUCUUUGUACACUAGCUAUGAUAUUUAUUGUGAUGAGAUCGAAGCUGCUAGAAUUAAGCAGUAUCAAAAUUCUUAUAAUCGAUAUCAACACUUUAUGCAAUCUGUGUCAAAUCAUGUGAACCACGACCACCCAGUACAACAUCAACCGACAGUACAGCCUUUACAACCACCGAUUGGAGCUCCUGCAGGAUAUCCCAUUACGAAUCUUUCAGAAUCAACAUGGGAUCCUUUGUUCUAUAGUAUUUACGGUUCGAUGUACAACACCUAUCAACAACAACCAAUCUCUUGGAGCAAUUUUUAAAAAAAAAAGAAAAAUGUGAUGC